AUGACCUCAUCAUCUCCCGUGGCCCAACCUACUGAGCACUUCUCCUCCGCCCAGUCUUCCAAGCCGACCCUCCCGUUCUGUUAUAGCUUUCCAUCGACGUCUCGCGACUGGUGCCACAUCGUAUCUCGUCUAAGGGACAAAGGCUGCGGCGCGCUCCCCCUCGGCAUGCUCGGCAUUGGCGAGACCGAACAGCCCAUCGACCCGGCGGCGUACGUCCUGAGCCAAACAUCGAAAGAAAUUGCCCAUGUCUUGGACGCCACGAAGCUUGGUAAGGUUUAUGCUAUCGGCCAUGGCUGGGGCUGUAAGGCAAUCUCACACCUCACGAGCUACCAUCCCGGGCGUAUCUUCGCCUACGUCUUCCUCAGCAUCUCGUUCGUACAGGUACUGGCCUCGAUGAACUUCCAGGAGCUCUUGGGCUCCCUGAAGCAACAGCUCGGUCAUCCAGAUGCACGUGGUGGACGCGCCCACCUCGUCCCGCAGUUACUGACGCGUUUCGCAGACCGACUCGUUCGUCAACGUCAGUUUUUGUACGACUCCGAGAUCUGGAAGGAGCGCCUGAUGUCGACGGGCAUGCUCGAGCAGAGCCUGCUCGAAAGCUUCGUCUUGCUCCGGCCGUCUUACCUGUCGGAAGAAGACGCUGUGGGGACGUUCAGACGUCGAGGCUUUGCGGUGCCAACACGCUGGUGCGAGGGCUUUGCCGCAGAGGUACUGCCUGAGCGCAUGUCUCUACCGGCCAGAGCGGCGAUCCACUUUGCCGCGGUGGGGGAUGACUGUGUUUGCCUUUCCAAGACCGGCUAUGCGCCCUUUGGGCGGGAAGUGUUCAGCGGGCACAGCGUGGCGAUGGAAACAUACGACGCGAACCACUGA